AAAGCAGCUCUUUUCAAUGAAAGAACCAAGACAACGAAAAAACGAAACUAUGAUACUGCCGUUUUGAAUGCAUGUGGUGCUUUAUUGUUUGAGAAACCUCAUCAGGAGAUGGUUUUAAAAGUGGUUUCUUCAGUAAACUUGAAGCCCGUUAGCAUGGUCAACAGUGAUGGUGAAGAAUUUAAUGUGCUUGCGCACGAAAGUCAAUUCCAACAAAUACAAAAAAACGAUAUCCAAAGUGCUUCUGUUGUUGCAAAAAAACGAUUGAUUGACAACGAACCUGUGGAAAUAGAAGUGGGACUUGAUGAUGUGCUAACGAAAGGUGUUUAUCGUACUCUAUUUAAUCCAAAUGAAUUUCAGGAACUUGAUGAGGAAAUGUGCACCCUAUUAAAUACGGAUUGGAGUACGAAGAAGCAUAUCAAAUAUUCUUGCUCGGCUCUUCUUGCGGGGAUGAUAAUGGUGAUCAAUAGCAAAGCUAUUUUGGUAAUAUGUCACGAAGUCUAUGGAAGGACGCGGUCUGUAGAUGUGCAUAGGGAAGAUUUUACUGUUAAAUCAAAACAACCGUCACCUUCCUCACUCCCUCCACCUCGAUCCCCCUAUCGGAAUAUUUGGGUGACAACAAUUAUCGACAAUCAUGGCUCAAAACUUAUAUUUGGUACAAAAACAUUCAACUCACUGGUAACAUCUAGUAUCCGCAUUGAUAGUCCUUAUGAACCAGAAGUUGGUCCAUCCACACAUCAUUUUACUAUCUCCAGCAACGAACAGUCAAGAGAUAUAAAAAUUUAUAUACACAAAGAGUCUUGGAAUAAAGCAAAAAAACUUAUGGUUGAACCUCAUAACCACACCAUAAACACUUAUGAUUUCCUAUAUCAAACUCGCCAAAUACAAACCAACUUUCAUUACCGAAGUGCGUAUAACCGAUCAAGAGCUGCAUCCAUGAUAACCGAUAACCAUACUUUGUACCCCUACAACAUCUUCACUCUUUCCCAAUGUAAUAAUGGCCCUGACAUAUCUGACUAUAAGACUAUGUCCGAAGUUUUCCGAGAAAUUGCAUUGAAAAUAUUUGUUGAAGAAGACAGUGAUAUAGAAGAAGAUGAAAUUGUAGGCUCUUUGAAAAAAAAAUUCAUCGAAGAUCAAAUACAAAAGUGCAAGUCAGAAGGCGAAAUAAUCAAAAUACUCCAAUCAAUACUGAACUUGUAUGGUGAUGAUGUGGAAAUUCCCGUUAUAAACAACUCCCAAUUGAACAAUCUUUUAGAGCUGUCGGUAAAUCAGCUUCUUCCAGUAAUCACCCGUGUAAAUGAGCAUAUCAUUUCAUCAUUGAAGCAGACAUUCUCUUCAUAUGUUUAAUACAUUUUUACAAUCUGCAUAUGCCAAUAAAAUUCCCCCUUUCGAUUCGAUUUUUUUUUUACAGAGUGCAUAUUUUGGUUAGAAAUGCUAAUUUUCUGUUGUUAUUCGGUAAAAAACACAGGAGUGAUUGAGUUUGCGAUACAAAAAAUGGCCUAUGAUGAACCUUUUU